ACAACUUUUGAAACUCAAUCUAAACUAUUUUAGAGGUGAUAUCUAAAAUGAUUUCCCCUUCGUGUUGAUGAAUGCACCUGUUACUCUUCCAGCAUUUUUAAAUUGCAUUACACUCACCGACUCAAUAAUCACCAUCAUCCCACAAAUUCUGAUCGAGAAGGGUAUAAAAGACGAUGCAACCACAAAAGCUGCAUAUAAAUUUCCCUCUCGUUUUAAUUUUUUCCUUUCGCUUUUGAAAAUUAAAAUAAGAAAAAAAGAAAUUGAACAUGUUUACUCUCCGAAUUCACUCCGUCGAUUCCCCUCAGCGCCUCCCGAUCACGGUCACCUACGCCGCCGUCGCCGGCGGUUUAAAACCUAGCAAUAGCGGCUCAAAGGAUGAUAUCUCUCUUUCCGCCACCGAAGUCCGAGGAAUUCCGCACCUCUUCCGCCUCCUUCCCCCCUCCACUCCGCCAUGUGCUGCCACCGGCAUUUCGAACCCCUCCCUCCGCUCCACCCACCUCUUUAUCGUCGCCGUUCCCAACUAUAUGUCCGUCGAUGACUUCAUCCUCUUCUGCGGCAACGAAGUUAAUCACUUCCAAGAGAUUCGCUUCCUCAGGAAUGAUGGGGUGGAAGAUAGAUAUAGUGUGCUGAUCAGGGCUGAAGACCCAUUGGCUGCGGAGGGGUUCUAUCGUAGUUUCAAUGGGAAAAGAUUUCGACGUUUCGAGGCUGAAGUGUGCCAUAUAUACUUUACUCAAUCUGUUGAGUACUUUGACUCGGCUGAGAUUGCCAGUACUCCACCUGCUGGUUUUACAGAAUUGCCAACUUGUCCCAUUUGUCUUGAGAGGUUGGACCAAGAUACAAGUGGAAUCCAAGUUACUCUUUGCGAUCAUUACUUUCAUUGCUCAUGUGUUUCAAAAUGGACUUAUCAAUCAUGUCAGGUUUGCCGACUUUGCCAGCAGGAGGAUGAGAAGCCAACCUGUGCUGCUUGUGGAACGUUACGGAACCUCUGGAUCUGUCUUAUUUGUGGUUUUGUGGGAUGUGGGAGGUACCAAGAGGGGCAUGCUAUUAGGCAUUGGAAUGACACAAAGCAUCACUUCUCCCUUGAAUUGGAAUCACAACAGAUAUGGGAUUAUGUAGAGGACAAAUAUGUUCACCGGCUAAACCAAUCAAAAGCUGAUGGAAAGUCUGUUUCGAUGAACUCUCCCCUUGUUUCAAGUGAUGUUGGAUGUGGUACAUGUCAUUUUGAAGGGGAUUCGGGACUUAAUACUGCGCUUUUCAGCAGCAAAGUUGAAGCCAUUGUUGCUGAGUAUAAUGAUCUCCUUACGAACCAACUAGACACCCAGAGACAAAAUUAUGAAGCAUUGCUUGCUGAAGUGAGAACUAGCAAGGAGGGCAAUAUUACAAGAGCAGUUGAGAAAGCUAUGUUUUCAAGGAUGCAUGAGUUGCAGUCCAAAUUGGAUAGCUGCGAAGAGGAAAAGAAUGCUGUUGCCCAGAAAAACAAGGAUUUGAUUAAAAAGCAGGAAUUACUACAACUAGAGUACAAGAACGCUGAGGCCAAGUAAGUAAUGUAGACAAUCACCGGUCACCUUUUUGGUGUUUUCUUUCGUUAUCCUUGUGAAUUAUUAUUAAUCAUGAUGUUUCCCUUAAUUAUCAAUCUGAUUGUAAGACUUCUGGAACUGGUUCUGGCUUUGUUUGUAGCCUUUAUGUCCCCUACAAUUGAGAGCGCUCUGUUGCAAUUUUCAAUAACUGCAUUGUGCAGAUUGUUUAACACCACGUGGAUUCGUUUUCUUGGGUUCAUUUUCUUCUUGAUUUAGUCUGUGAAAUUGUAUAAGUUGGCAUUUAAGUGUUUUUGAUGUUACUUAAACUCGUUUGUGCUCUUGGGGAUGUUUCAGGUAUAGUUCACUGACGAAAUCUGUAGAUGAAAAGAUUUUGGAUCUGGAGGAACAGGUAUUUCCAUCUAUUUUUGUUAUUAAAUAUUUCUAGCUUUUCAAUACUAAUUGCAUUGGCCUGUGAUUUCAGAUUAGAGACUUGCAAGUUUAUCUUCAGGCUCAAAAGAUGAUUGCUGCCUCGGCUGAUUCAGAAGGGCUUAAAGAUAGUACUGUUCUACCAGUCGAGCCAAGCCGCCAGUCUGCAGGUAGUUCGAGAAGGCGCCAAAAGUCUGGUAGAAGAAAGGGCUAAAAGGACUACACCUUCCCCCAGCUCCAAAACUUUUUGUACCCUGCCUGACACUUAAUUCAUAAAAUCGUUGUUUGCAUGAGGCGGGACUGCGGGAGGAGUAUUUCUCUAUCAUCUUCUAAGCUGUGUAUUCUGUAAAUUGCAUCAUACAAAUUUUAUAUAUAGAAGUGGGAUUAUGCGCUCAACCCCUCAAAUUUUUAUGAGUGUGUGUGUGUGUGUGUGUGUGU